GUCCACGAGAGUAGCUUCACAAAUGUAAAUAUUGAGCGAACAGAAGAUACGUCCUCGCGUUUUUCUUAUUUUAGCUAAUACAAUCAUGCCACGCAAAAAGCAUUUUAGUAUCAAGCAGAAAAAGAAGCAGCUCCAGGUGAAACGCGAAAAAAGGCGAGGAGAAACAGGUUCAAGUCACAGUAGCCGUAAUGCCAGCGUAGAGAGAGGACUUGGCCGAGACAGACAGUCGGAUACAUCAGACAGCGAGACGACGGAUAUUAGGAGGAUCAACCAUCAGCCUGGCACCCGAGACGGUAGAUAUGACCCCAACAGAUUCCGUCUGCACUAUGAGAAGGAGAGCAAAGAGGAGGUCGAGAGGAGGAAGAAAAUAGCGAUGGAGAAAAUCCUCAAGCCAGUGGCAGAAAAGGAGCUAGAGAUGGAUAUAAACCAUUUCUACCCAGAAGACAAAGGCCUGAAUUUCCCUCGGCGGCCCUCAUGGAAUUAUGGUAUGCGGAGAGAGGAGCUACUGUGGAAAGAAGAGAAGUCAUUUCAGGAGUAUCUGGAGGCUCUUCAUUCUAAGAACCCCGCUGGUACCCUCAGCCACUUUGAGCACAAUUUGGAGACAUGGAGGCAGCUGUGGAGAGUAAUGGAGAUGUCUGAUGUAAUUCUGUUCAUUGUGGAUAUCAGACACCCAGUGCUGCAGUUCUCUCCUGCUAUGUAUCACUACAUCACUGUUGAAUUAAAGAAGCACAUCAUCCUGGUACUCAAUAAGAUUGACUUGUGUCCGGCACCUCUGGUGUUGGCAUGGAAACACUACCUGACGAAACAGUUCCCCUACCUGCACUGUGUCUGCUUCACCUCGCACCCAGGACAACCCUACAGCACUGUUCUACAGAAGAGGAGGAUGAGGAAAAAGACAGGAUAUGACCUGGCAGGAGGACCAAUUCACAUCAUGAGGGCAUGUCAGGAGAUCACAGCAGGAAGAGUGGAUUUGAGUAGCUGGGAAAAGAAGAUCCAGAGGGAUGCUGUUGCUGUGGGAACAAACGAGGAUCGGCCUGAUGAUGAAUUGGAAUCUGUGUUGGUGGAGCAUCAUAGUGAUGUUGCCAUGGAAAUGAACAGCCCCACGCAAGAACUUUAUAAAGACGGGGUACUAACAAUAGGCUGCAUAGGUUUUCCUAAUGUAGGCAAAUCUUCAGUACUGAAUAGUCUGGUUGGCAGGAAGGUUGUGAGUGUGUGUCGGACACCUGGCCACACAAAAUAUUUCCAAACAUACUACCUCACUCCCACUGUUAAACUGUGUGACUGCCCUGGGCUUGUCUUGCCCUCCCAAGUGAACAAGCAACUACAGAUCCUGGCUGGUAUAUAUCCUGUGUCUCAGCUGCAGGAGCCUUACAGUUCAGUAGGGUACUUGUGUGAACGGACCAACUUCCUCUCUGUAUUAAAGCUGAGACAUCCUGACCAGAGCCCAGGAACACACCAUGAGCCCAAAACACAGGACUGGACGGCAUGGGAUGUGUGUGAAGCCUGGGCUGAGAGGAGAGGGUAUAAGACUGCUAAGGCAGCCCGUAACGAUGUCUAUCGAGCAGCCAACAGUCUCCUGCGGUUAGCCAUUGAUGGACGACACUGUCUAUGUCUGCAGCCACCGGGAUACACUCAGAGCAAAGAUGACUGGGAGUCACACCCUGACCUGUCUGAGAUCAUCGCUCUACAAGGAACAACGGAAGAAGAGGAGGAGUGUGGUGAGAGGGAAGACGAGGAGGGUGAAUCCAGCUCAGAGCUGGAGGAGGAGCAUGAUCGAGAUGCAGAUGAUGAUGAGGACGCUGAUGGAGAUGAUGAAGAUGAUACUGUGAAAGCUGACAGGAAGGGCCUCACUAUCAACAUGUUCAGUGUGCUAGGAGAGAAAAAAUGUGUGUGAGGAUGGGUUCUGUCAUUCCCCCCUCAUACAUUCCUGUUGUCAUUAUCAUUCAGAAUUGCCGCUGAUCACUGACUAGCAGUAUCUUUUCUUUAUACCCCUCUUAUUUCAGUCUGCGAUGUGUCAGUCAAGUGACUGUAUAAUGUUUUGAUUUUAAAUGCUACACAUUUAUUUCUUGAUUGACACUCCUAUUGCACUUAUACAGCAACACAACAUGUCCCCCAUCUUUGCAUAACAAUGCCUGUUUUUGCUGCAGUAUAAAGCAAAACAAGUUUUUUUCCAGCAUCCCUGUGCCUCUAGCCUCUCUGUUUUUCAGCUGAGCAUUAUUAUCAGAAUGCUUUGAAAACAUUUUUUCUCUCCUGCAUGCAGCCAAUUUUUCUUUCUGAGAGGGCAGAGGGAUUGUCCGUUCAACCAGUGAUUGUACAAUCAGUGUAACUAAGCAGGCAUUGAUUCAAUACAAUCACUUAUUUAUAAUAAAUCUGAUUUAUUAUAUGGCAGUAAAGCAGCCAGACACAGACUAUUGAAUACAGAGGGAAUUAUUGAGAUCGAAAAGAAGUUAUGGACAUUUAUAGCACUUUACAAGCAAAAGAUAUCCAGCACUCUUUUGCUAUUGAAAACUUUAAUUUCUGAGAUGAUGCAGUGGCCCCCAAAAAUAUUUGGACACUUAAGGCACACUUAAGGUCAAUGGACUAGAUACAAAAUAUCAAACCAAGUGGCAUCUGUAAGCAAAUGAUGCUCUAGCUUUUCUCAGAUUUAACUUUUUUGUAUGUGUGAAGCCAGCUCUAUUUAAGUUUACACAGAUGUUCUUCCUAAGUAUCACCAGGUGUAGUACAUCACAUUUACUAUGGACAUGUUCCACAAAGUUUCACAACCAGAAAGUGUACAAAUACUCGGUCUUAAUUUAAUUUGAAACCUAACAAACUUAUUUUUGUUAAAUGUUUUGCUUGAAGAGUAUCCUUUUGCAUUAUUUAUUUAAAAUAAAUGCCACUUGGUUUGAUUUUGGUUUUGUUAUAUGAUGGCAUUCAUACAGUAAGUGCUACUGUAAUUACUAUGUGGGUAAUGAAGUGAGGUUGUCAUUCAGGGUUGCAGUGGGAGUGAUUUUGUGCCACAAAAUGUUCUAGACUAUGCAAAGUUUAUAGAGAUAUCAGAAAGCCUUUUAUGUUUGUUUUAUUUAUGAGACCGAAGAGAUUGU